CUAAAGAGCUAUUUUCAGUAACUGGACAGCGGUACUACUCCAGCAUCCAAAGAUCACUCCAACUAAAACUUCAUCAUCGAAGCUGUAAAUUAAAGUUGCCGAAGCUCGCAAUUUACAAAGAAACAGGAGACAGCGGGGGCGGACCUCAAGCUAUAGCUGUUUUUGUAUAUAUAUAUUUAUAUUUUUUAAAGCAGAAAGACCUCUGAAUAAUUUAUUUAUAUAGAAAAAAGAGGAAGAAAAAAACUGGACUGAAGUUUGAGGUCAUUUCCCGCGGAGCAAAAACUUUGGGAGAUGACUGAUUUCUGAGGAAGUUGUUCCAUCGAGUCAACUCUGACGAAAGAAAAGGCAAACAAAGAAGAAGAAGAAGAAGUAGAAGAAAUAACUCCCUCACUGCGUUGCCAUGGACCAAGGAAAGCAAAUAACGUUCCCACUGAUGAUGAGUGUUGGAACGGCUGUGAUUGGCUCCCUGCAGUUUGGCUACAACACAGGUGUCAUCAAUGCCCCUCAGGAGAUUAUUGAGAGAUUCAUCAAUGAAACGUGGGAACAGCGCUACAAUGAGCCCAUUCCCGAAAACUCCAAGAUAGCUCUGUGGUCCCUCGCUGUCUCCAUCUUCUCUGUCGGCGGCAUCUUUGGUUCAUUCUCUGUUGGACUCUUUGUUAACCGCUUGGGAAGGAGGAACUCCAUGCUUAUGGCAAAUAUCCUGGCUUUUAUUUCGGCUGUUCUGAUGGGUUUUUCAAAAAUGGCACGCUCUUGGGAAAUGCUCAUCAUUGGCCGCUUUGUGGUUGGCCUCUACUGUGGCCUCUCCACCGGUUUCGUGCCCAUGUACGUGGGUGAAGUUUCCCCAACAGCCCUACGAGGAGCCCUGGGCACGCUUCACCAGCUGGGCAUUGUAAUUGGCAUCCUCAUCGCACAGAUAUUUGGAAUGGAAGUAAUCAUGGGCAAUGAGGACUUGUGGCCGCUCCUCCUGGGUUUCCUCUUCAUCCCUGCUGUGAUACAGUGCGCCCUGCUUCCCCUCUGCCCAGAGAGCCCCCGAUUCCUGCUCAUCAACAAGAAUGAGGAGAACAAAGCCAAAAGCGUGCUGAAGAAGCUCCGGGGCACCACAGAUGUGAGCGCUGACAUGCAGGAGAUGAAGGAGGAGAGCCGAAAGAUGAUGAGGGAGAAGAAGGUGACCAUCCUGGAGCUUUUCCGCUCACCUCUCUACCGUCAGCCCCUCAUCAUUGCUGUGAUGCUGCAGCUCUCCCAGCAGCUGUCUGGCAUCAACGCUGUGUUCUACUAUUCCACUAGAAUCUUUAAGAGAGCUGGAGUUGAGCAGCCUGUUUAUGCCACCAUUGGAACCGGUGUGGUUAACACAGCUUUCACUGUGGUGUCGUUGUUUGUUGUCGAACGAGCAGGACGCCGGUCUUUGCACCUCACGGGGCUGCUGGGAAUGGCUGGAUCUGCCGUCCUCAUUACUAUUGCCUUGGCUCUGCUGGAGCAACUCAAAUGGAUGUCUUAUUUAAGUAUUGUAGCAAUUUUUGCUUUUGUGGCAUUCUUUGAGAUCGGGCCGGGUCCCAUCCCUUGGUUCAUUGUGGCAGAGCUGUUCUCGCAGGGACCCAGGCCUUCAGCCAUUGCUGUCGCUGGUUUUUCCAACUGGACUGCCAACUUUAUUGUAGGAAUGGGUUUCCAGUAUGUUGAGGAGCUGUGCGGCCCCUACGUCUUUGUCAUCUUCACCAUCUUUCUGCUCAUAUUCUUCAUCUUCACUUACUUCAAAGUGCCAGAGACCAGGGGCCGGACGUUUGAUGAUAUUGCAGCCGGCUUCCGCCACACUGCUACCAUGGCAGAGAAGCACACGCCGGAGGAGCUCAACAGCCUGGGAGCUGAUUCUCAGCUCUGAGCGAUUCUAUCCGAACUUUCUAACAAACUCCCUCUCAGAUCGACAGCAAACGAGAAGAGUCUGCUCACUCGAAGUAGAUGGAUACACUGAUAGAAUAUUCUUCACACUGUCACCACAUUUCGGGGGUCAUCAUCACCAAACAGAACAGACCUGUGUGAUUCUCUGCGUCUUCUGCUGCUCCUCUCAUGUCACGCGUAGGAACGAGAACUCGAUGGACACUAUAUUGCCUGGCAGAAAAAAAAUGGAGAGGAGAGUUGAGGAUGGAUGGGGAAGGUUUUAAUAUUUUUUAAGAUAUUUUUAAAGAAGGAAAAGCUGUGUCUGCAUCAAUCAACCAGCCUCUUUUAACACCUCUUUUUCUUGCUAAACAUUUUACUGAUACAUGCUUAUGUUCUGUUCUGUCCACCGUUACACUCAUUUUUUUGCGACCAUCUGGUUAAAGAGCGCUGUAGCUGUAGUUCACUGUGCAGAAAUGUUUUUUUUUUUUUUUUUUAAUUUAUCAUAAUGUAAUGCUCCAUUACUGUACACUCUGGCACUGUCGAUGCUGCACAACUUGACUGUUACUCCACCAGAUGGAGCCCUGCCCUUAAAAAAAAAGGUCCCAAUGCUCGGCUGAAAAUAAGUUAUUUAUGUACCUUUUUAAAGAGAAAGUUACUGCAUACAAAAACUGCGAUAUUUGGUUGUGAGAUGGUGAGAAUGUUUUUUUCUUGAUGGAAUUUAGAUUAGCAAUAACACUCCACAAAUUAAACAGAUUUGUUACCUACUA